AACCAAGUUUUCGCGCCAUCUUCUUCAUUUGUUUCCCUCCAAGCACAGUCGACAGCAAGAACCCUAGAUCCCCAUGGAAGACCAAAUUAAAGCCGAAUUCAAGAAGAACAACUUCAUUUUAGUCGAAGAAGAAGAAAUACUUCAGAAAUGUCUGACAUUUUGUAUAAAUUACAAUCUCAGUCCAUCGGACCUUGUUUCGAGCUGGGAUUUAUACUCUAUCAACAGGCAACUGGAACUAGUAGUAUCAGAUGCUCAUAUGGAUGCAUUCCAUCAGCAACUACAAAGUGAACAGAAACAAGCUAUUAUCGAAAAGGAGCAAGGCCUACAUUCAUAUACUGAUGUCACCAUGGAGUUAGAUGAAGACCAUGAAGAUGCUAAGGAGAUUGUUCCUACCUCUCCAACAGGACAAACUAAUGUACAGCUGGACUCAUUUGAUGUAACACCUAUGCAUUCAUUGGGGAAGCCUUUAGAACUGGUGACACCCUUUGGGCAACGGAAAGACAAGUUUGUAGUACACUCAACUUUUAACACCCUACCCACAGUUCAUGAAAUUAAAAUGGAAAAGGGCGAAGAGGGUUCUGAAGAUGAUGUGAUCAAAAGGGUACAACCUAUUAAAAGUUGUUCCCUUGAAGUUCAUUCUUCCCAGCCUGCCCCUGGAUGCAGAUACAUGUAUGACAGGAUAGAAGACAAGUUUAAUUAUCUUGAAGAUAAAAUCAUGAAAUAUUCAAAAGCCAUGGUUGCAUCUCAGCUUUAUGAGGAACCUGUUGAUCCAUCGGUUGCUUCCCAAAAAAGUAUAUUUGCUGUUGGCAUGAUUUGCUGUGAAGAAGAAGGGCGUUUAAAGGAAAAACCAAUCAUGCUUCAAAGCAGUGUUGAGCAUUCUGGAGGACAACGUGUGCGCCUUGACUUGCAGAAACUGGACCAGUUUUCCCUUUUCCCAGGCCAGGUGGUAGGUAUUGAAGGGCAUAAUCCAAGUGGGCACUAUUUAAUUGCAACAAAAAUUGUUGAUAAUGUUCCACUAUCAGUCUCUGAUGAUGAAAAUAUUCGUCAAAAGAAGAGACAAGCUGUGGAUCAAGAUAACAAGCCUGCUGAUUUAUCUGAUAUAACAUCAGAUUUAUCAUUGAUUAUUGCUUCAGGCCCUUACACCACAACCGACAACUUAUUCUUUGAGCCACUCUCUGAUCUUCUUGCAUAUGCACAAAGAAAGCAGCCUCAGUUGCUUAUACUGUUAGGGCCUUUCAUUGAUUCGGAGCACCCCGAGAUCAAGAAAGGAGCUUUAAACAGGACUUAUGAUGAUUUAUUCCGUCUUGAAAUCCUUAGGAGGCUUCAAGAUUAUGUGGAAUAUAUGGGCUCUGCUGCACGUGUGAUUCUUGUGCCAUCUAUACGCGAUGCACACCAUGACUAUGUAUUUCCUCAGGCUGCUUUUGAUAUGAAUAUAGCUGAUCUAAAUCAUCAGAUCACUUGCAUUCCAAAUCCAGGAAUGAUGUCAGCAAAUAAGGUGAAAGUAGGUUGCUGUAGUGUGGAUGUCUUGAAACAACUUAGUAUGGAUGUGGUGUCACGUGGGAUCAAGAAUCGCAUGAAUACACUAACAAACCAUCUCCUGAGUCAACGCAGCUUUUAUCCUCUGUAUCCACCCGCGGAAGACACUCCUGUGGACUUGUCGCUUGCUCCAGAAGCCCUUCAAAUGUCUAGUGUUCCAGACAUUCUCAUCGUCCCUUCAGACCUCACACACUUUGUGAAGGUUUUGAGCUUGGAGGGGACAAGUGAAGGAGGUGAAGAAGUGAAAUGUAUGUGUGUGAAUCCGGGAAGACUGGCGAGAGGUGAAGGAGGAGGUCACUUUGUACAACUUAACUUCCGUGGUAUCCCUGACUUGUCUUCUGCCUCAGUUAUUCGUAUAUAGAAUCAAACAUUCAGCAAAAAAAAAAAAAAACAACGGCAAUAGCAUUCAAGUCUCAUUUUGCAAGACAAAUUGUUUAAGGUUUAACGA